UUGCAUGCAAAAACCCCAUCUUGGAUUUUCACUAUCUGAUUAUUUUUCUUCAUUUUCCCCGUGAUUUUGAUGCAAAAAAUCCGGAGAAAAGAUUAACCCUAACUGGGAAGAAUCGUUGGGUCACUUUGAAAGGGUGAUUGAUUCUGGUACCGAGUCCACGCGUAUAAAAGCAGUAAUCAAAUUGGCUAAACUAUCGAAUCAAGCCCCAGAAUGUGUACUUCGCCAAACCAUACCGAUUCUUAGUAAUCUUAUUGCCGAUGAUAGUUCUAAUAAUUCGAGUUCUCGUCUUCAAGGGCCGGUUAUCCAUUUCUUGAAAUGCAUUGCUUGUCGAGGAGAUGGUCGAUUGGCCACCGAGAUAGUCCAAUCCGGUGCUUUACGUUCGAUCUUAAGGUAUGACGAGUUUACGUCCAAUCAAUUCUAGUUUUCCAAGGCUUUGUCUGAAAUGCAUUUGGUGCCUUGUGAAUUUGUAUGACGAGAAUCGUGUCGUUGUUGCUACGAACGGAGGUUCGGAGAUUGUUGUUAGUAUGUUGAAUUCAUCGGUAGAUGGUGUCGUUAGACGGUACUUGUUGGAGAUCUUGAGUGUAUUGUCGUUGUUGAGAGUUGCAAGGAGGGGGCUUAUUAGUUUAGGUGGGGUUAGAUUUCUUGUUGAGGCAGCCAGUUGUGGUCACGUGUUAUCUAGGGAAAGAGCUUGCCAAGCAAUCAGGUUAUUCGGUGUUACGAGGCGUGCACACCGUAUGCUCGUGGAUUUGGGUGUUAUAGAUGUUCUCGUGGAAAUGCUUCGAGUUGGAGACGGUGCUGCAAAGCUUGUGGCUGGCAAUUCCCUUGGAGUGGUUUCAGCUAAUAUUAAUAUCAUUGACCUGAUUGCUAAAGCCGGGGCUAUUCCAUUGUAUGCCGAGCUCAUUCAAGGACCUGACCCACUCGGUCACGAGAUCGCGGAGGAUGCUUUCUGUGUAUUAGCUGUUGCAGAAGCAAAUGCAGUUUCAAUAGCUGAAAACUUGGUGAGAAUCCUUAGGUAAGGCGGUGCUGAAUCAAAAGCUGCAGCUGCUAAUGUUUUCUGGAAUCUUUAGGGUUACAAGCACUCAGUAUCCGUCAUCCGAAACUAGGGUGCAAUUCCCCUUCUGCUCGAGCUUUUGGGCUCUCAGAACGAUGAAGUAAGAGAAGUAUCCGGAGCUAUUGCUCAGUUGAGCUAUAAUUGGGCAGAUUGGGAGGCGCUAAAUGAAUCAGGAGCGGUCCAUCGCCUGCUUGAAUUGUUCCAUGAUGACUUGGAGGAGCUGAGGGAUAAUGCUGCAGAGGCUCUUAUCAAUUUCUUUGAAUAUCCAUUGCAGCAUGAGAUUAUAUCUCAAAUAGCUGACCAUCCUUCAUUUCGGAGCAUGCAGAACCGACUCGGUAGAAUUCGUUAUCCCUUUCAAGCACUAUCUCGAAAAGGGUCGAACUGUACCUCGAGUUUAUAUAUCUGAUGCCUUUCCUUCAGAUCUUGGCGAUCAGAUGCAGCUUCGGAGCUCCCAUCAUCAUCUUCUUCGUUAUCCCUUUCAAGCACUACUUUG